UGGAGUAUCGUUUUCGUAAAAAUAACUUGUCCAGAUCUACUCGACACAUAGCGUGCGUGCCAGUGCAUCCCAGUUACUACUAGCAACCACUGUCAAUUAUCUAACCAACGGUUACCCACCAGUAACUCGAAUGAAAUACAGCAGUCGAUCAAAUCGGCAAAUAAUUCAAAUCCAAUUCCGCACAUUCCUUGUGCAUCGUAAAUUUAAAAUUAGAGGAUAAUUUUAUUGGUUUUAUUUUAAUUUUUUUGGUUGUGAUACACUUAAAUAACUAACUCCAUUCCACAACGAUGAUUAAAUUUACGGCAGAUAAAAGUAGAUUACUCUGCCUCACGUUGAUUCUGCUGAUCCACAAUCCUGUUCUUGGAGCGCUUAAUGAUUCCAACGUUGUAUCAACUGAAGAUUCAAUUGAUCAAUGCGUCGAUGGACAUUCGGUCAUUAAGAACUCGUUCUCAUGGGCCGACUAUGUGGUCCUUGCCGGAAUGCUGGUAAUAUCCUGUGGCAUCGGCGUCUUCUAUGGAUUCUUUGGGGAUAAGCAAACCACGAGCAGCGAUUUCCUUCUUGGAGGAAGUUCGAUGGGCACAUUCCCGAUGGCGAUGUCGUUGGCUGCCAGCUUCAUUACGGCCAUCGAACUUCUCGGGAAUCCGGCGGAAAUGUACUUUCAUGGAAGUCAGUACUGGAUGAUAUGCCUGGCUUUCAUCUUGGUAGUUCCGUUGACAUCGAAAUUCUAUCUUCCUGUUUACAUGAAGCUCCGUUUGACCAGCACCUUCGAAUACCUGCAGCUCAGGUUUAGCCCGAAUACUCGUUACUUGGCCAGUGGCCUCUACAUCUUGCAGAUGGUUCUUUACACGAGCGUCGCUGUUUAUGCCCCGGCCCUAGCUUUAAGUCGCGUUACCGGAUUGAACGUAUAUUUGGCCGUAUCUGUGGUAUACGUAGUCUGCAUAUUUUACGCGUCGCAAGGCGGAAUGAAGGCUGUAAUUAUGACGGACACUUUCCAAGCAGGAGUGUUACUCGGUUCGAUUCUGCUCAUCGUUUAUUUUGGGGAAAAAUUUGUCGGAGGCGCCGGUGUCAUCUGGUCUCAGAACUACAACACCGAACGUUUGGAACUUUUCGACAUGAACCCCAACCCAACAAUUCGCCACAGCUUUUGGUCCGUCGUCUUAGGAGGUACUUUCUAUUGGAUGACAAUGUUCUGUUCGAAUCAAGCGUCAAUUCAAAAAUAUAUGUCUGUUGAACGCAUUUCUCAAGUUAGAAAGGCUCUGUGGUUUUCGUGCUUUGGAUUAAUUUUAAUUUACACCAUCAAUUUUUAUACGGGUAUGAUCAUGGUGGCGCAUUACCGCAAUUGCGAUCCUCUUCUAGCUGGAGAUAUCGAAGCCUCCGAUCAGAUCUUACCGCUCUACGUGAUUUCCGAAAUGGGUCAUCUCAAAGGAAUGACCGGUUUCUUUGUUGCUGGAAUUUUUGCCGCUAGCUUGGGUACGGUAGCCUCGGCUUUGAAUAGUUUAGCCGCGGUGACCUGUCAGGAUUUCGUUACCGGAGCUUUCGGUAUAAACAUGCCGGAUUCCAAAGGAGCUUUAUGGGCCAAAUGGAUUUCCAUUGGAUACGGAGCAUUAAGUUUUGCUUUGGUGUUCGUAGUUGAACAACUUGGUAGCGUUAUGCAAGUCGCUAUUAGUUUUAAUGGAAUGGUCGGAGGAGUCACCUUAGGCUUAUUCUCUUUAGGCAUGUUCUUCCCUUGGGCUAAUUCAAAAGGAGCGAUAGUUGGAUCUAUUGUAUCGAUGGCAUUAAUAGUAUGGAUGGGAUUAGGACAACAAAUCGCGAUAGCCAGUGGAAACCUUUCUGAAGAUUCAAAACCCAGCAGCACUGAACAAUGCCCAUGUCUGAAUGCCACCAUUAUUCCAGAAGCUUUAGUUCAAAGUCACGAAUCUGAAGUUUUCUUCUUAUACCGAAUUUCCUUCUUAUGGUAUUCCGCAAUCGGAUUCAUGGUAACUCUAAUUGUUGGAGUCAUUACAUCUGUCCUGACUGGAUGUACGGAUCCGCAGGAAGUUGACGCAGAUUUAAUUUCCCCGCCAAUUCAGGACUUCUUGGCCUCCCUACCGAAGUGCAUUAGGAACAAAUUGAAUCUACCACCAAAGCAAAGCAAACAAAGCAAGGACAUAGGACUUAAAGGGGUUUUGAAUGCAUCACUAGAUAUAAGCGACGAAGCUGAGAAGCCAAACGGCGUUAUACCAGUGUGAUUAUUUAUUAUUUAUACAUAUAUAUAUUUUAGUUAUU